UGGAGAAGAGAAAACUUGCCUCUGUAAUCAUCCCAAGUUUAUUCUCCCCCUUUCCCCCUCCUCUCUUCAUGAUUCCUCUUUCCUUUUUCCUUUUUUCUUCUCCUGGAAUGGAUUUAUCAGCCACGUUUUGAAACUCUUUAAUUCUUAGACCUCAGGGAAGAGUUGGGUUUUGUUUCGAUUUUUUCCCCCCUCUCCUUCCCCCAAACGGAAUGUCGGACGGAAUGGUCUUGUAUGGAUGAUUAGAAAACACCCUUUGAAAAAACAAGAAGAUGACCAGAUGGUGAUGGAGAACUGGAAGUUUCCUUAUUAAUGAUAUUAUCAUCACCGUGAUCUGAGAUUUCACCCCAGCGUCAUUUUUCUGGUUUGCAACGAGACAAAGGAUCAUGGCAACUUGGCUGGUGCAACUUUGCUACCUCUUGUUGUGGAUUUUAUUUCAGGUUUACAGGACUCAUACUUGGCUACCAAAACAUCCUGGUUUCCGUGUUCUUGCUCAAGCAUCGCAUUAUUGGCCUCUGGAGACGGUAGAAGGAAUCCAUGAAUUAAAGGACACAGACGGAG